GACAUUCCAGAAGUCCCAGUUUAAGGUGGAAGCCAAAAUGUUUUAAUAUCAACAAGAUGCAAACCCAAAUUUAGACAUCAUGGGCUUCAUGAUCUAAUUGGCUUGAUCAGUGCAUCGUUGCACGUUUCCGGGACACAACAAUGGCCGUCGUUUAGCGGAAGGGCUCUUCAGUUCACUAUCUUGUACUUGCCAAAGCCUCGAGCGAUAUUUGAGAAGUCUAGAAAAUGAAAAUUCGUCGCUUUUGAGGGGUUAUCUCUACAGAAAAUUCACGGAAAUACCUGGCAACGUCAUACAAACGGCAACGUUUCUAGCAGAAAUCUUCAGCCGCAAAGAAGAGCUUGUAACCAAAUUCUCGUCAGUAACUUUUUGAAACAUCACGUAAUAUGGCGACUACUGGUGAUAUCUCGUUUCCCGGCGACUCCGAUAAGAAACAUCCUUGUUCGUUCAUGAAUUCUCUUGGUCUUAGUUUCAUGAAAGAAUCUAAAAUGGCUUGCCCGAUAACAAUGGCGUCAGGUGCAAGCUACGGUCUUUUGGCUGUUAACAUGUUCAGUCCAGACCUUAUGCACAAAAUCUCUCCGAGUCGUGAUCUCACAAACGUUUUGAUGGGUACAACUUUGGUUGGAGGUUCUUUGUAUUUGGCAUCAAGGCCUCAUUUAGCUACAAUUAAGGACAAAAAGCAAAAAAUCCUUUUCAGUGUUUUUGGCUCAACCAUGUUCACGCUGGGUUCUCUGCUACUAUGGGCAAUGACACGAGUCCUUGUUCCUGAUAACACCCCAGUUCGUGUAGUUGUUGCAGCGGGAACCAGCAUUGUCCUACUCAAGACAGGUGUGGCUUACCUGGACCACAUCGAUGCUGACAAGAAAUCCAAAUAGAUUAUCCUACCAUUUUGCAUGUAGAUAUUGUCUUGUCUACUCUUUAAUAGUCGUUUUCCAGCAUACAAAUUCGUCGUUCCA